AUGAUUGCGCCUUCUCUAAUCAAAGUGUUGACAUCGCCUACAAUUAUUCACAAGUAUACAUUGAAGAGAGAUUCUACAAACACCAAAAAGAUUAAGAAAAUGAGAGCAAAUAUGUUAAAAGACACCAUGAAGGACCAAUUAACAAGAGAAUUAUUUCGAGCUCAUUGUGCCUCAGAAUUUUCAAUUGAGAAUUUCAUGCUUUUGGAUAAGAUUUCUGAUUACAAGAAUUAUAGUGAAAAGAGCGUUCAAAUUCAAGAGUAUUUAUAUGACAAUGACACUUCCUUUAAGAAUGAUGAAACUUCUUCGACAUUGUCCUCGUCAUAA